AUGGCACAAUCUGGUUUACCACUACACUCAUCUGAGCUGUGUAUCCGACUGGCAAGUGCGCAAAAGAACGGGGAGCUAUGCGAUCUCGUCCUCGCAUGCGACGGCCAGACAAUUCCGGUGCAUAAGAACAUUGUCUGCUUGCAAUCGCCAGUCAUCAAGGCGGCCUGUACCGGCCAGUUCGAGGAGGCUUCUGGAAUAUAUGAGAUCAAAGACUGCAGCUUCGACACUGUCCAACGGAUGGUCGACUACUUCUAUACGGGAGACUAUCAGCACAAGGCACCAGACGAAGCUGAUAAGGUUCACGAGAUAGUCGUUCAUCUUACAAUGUUCGGUCUGGCGGACAUGUACCUCAUCGACGGGCUUCUCGCCCUAGCAGAGACCAAGUUCAGGGAAGCCGUCAAAGCAGAGAGCAUGGUCAGCGUACUCUUCCUACACGUCAAGCGGGUUUACGACUUGCAGUGCGAUUCAAGCGAAGUCCUCCGCGAGAUCAUGGUUGAACAGCUCAGAGAAAGAAUCCCCGGUAUGGACGAGACAAAACAGACGUUUAUGAAAAGCCUGUUUCACGAGAUACCAGAAUUUGCAAGUGAUAUUGCGACAUCAUUUGUUCGAAGGCCAUUGACUGGCAACACUGGGCACUGUCCCAAGUGUGAUUGUGCUGCGGAGAAGGCAAAAGAGCAGGCAAAACGAAUAGCCAAAUUUGAGAGCAGAUUCCGUUCUAGCUAUUAA